AUGUCGGCAGCUGCCCUGCCGACUGUCUCUGAUGCCGAUUCCACUAAAGCUGAGCGCACGGGUCGAGAAUCCGACGCUCAUUCGACCACUUCUGCCGAUUCCGGGAAUGGAUCGCUCAAUAAUGUAAGUUCUUCCCUCGAUUCAAAACUUCUGGGUAAUUUUGAAAAGCUUAUCGCUGCUUUUAAAGUAUCUUUCGUUAUUAGUAAACAGGGUUUUAUUAUUUACUAA